AUGUCAAGUCUACAUGAGUCGACGAGCGAGGCGAACUCCCCAGGCUUUGGAAACCGGCAACAGGAUGUGCAACGACGAGUUGGCGUCCUGUCGAGGACUCUCAACUCCAGCUCUAGUAUCAGAUGGAUUCUCCCUGCCAGGAUACGCUCGCCCUCCAAGAACGACGUCGUCUUUGUAGGGUCGACUUUUGUUCAGCUUCAUGAGUUCCUGGACACCGGGCAGCUCGUGAACACAACGGCCAAGCUGGACUUCGGUACUCAGAUUACAGAUGCCAAAGUCAUCUCAGCCAACCUGAAAAUCGUCCCCGUCGUUGAUGCAAUCUUCAAGCAAGAACGAGACCAAGAACAGUACACAAUCCGGGGGCAACCCCUUACCCAGACACAACCGCCACAGCUGCUGGUUCUGGCCACCGUCGACAAUGAAUUGAUUUAUGUUUACGCAACGGAGGACAUCGCCAGCGACGUCAAACUAGUCUUUGCGAAGAGGCCGUUGCUGAGAGGAGCAGGCCUGCCCCGUAGCCAAUGUCGCUAUCUGGCCGUUGACUACGAGUCUCGCGCGCUCGCCGUGGCUUCGCCAUCGGGCUACUUCGGAGUCUUCAAGCUACGACCCCUUGAUGAUAUAAAGGCUGAGAUCGAUCGCUGGGAUCCUCUCAGCCACGGCUCCUUCCGCCCUUCUGAUGAGCAACGUUUCAUCCAAGUGGAUGGUGAUAUCAUCAUGCUUGAUUUCCUUCGCAGCCCCGAUUCCGACUCUACCAAAGUGCUCUUACUCAUCCUCGUCCAUGCUGCGGAUGGAUCCAACACGACCCUUCAGUACCUGUACCGAUGGGAUACUCGGUCCCCUCUUCAGACUCUCAAGGCCAUGUCUUGCAGCGGGCGCCGACUUAAGGAGGAUCAGCUCCCUUUGAUGUUGAUUCCGUCGACCAGACCAUAUUCAUUUGUCCUGGUAUUGGAAACGGGGAUUAGCUACUUUGAGAAUGUCCAUUCUUCCGAGUCCAAACGCAUCAAUUGCCAGUUCGUGGGUAAGGCAGCAGGACCUCUGCAAUGGGUUCAGUGGGCCAAGCCGAGGCGUCACACCGAAUAUCUCCAGAAACGCGAUGAUCUUGUAAUCGUUCGCGAAGAUGGACUGCUGCAGUACUUUCAAAUCGAGAAGGCCUCGAGUACCAAGUUCACCAUGAACAACACCAUCGGCCACCUGGGCUUUGAUGUCGACACGGCUUUCUGCAUGCUGGCUGGGCCGCCAGAUAAAGGUGGCGACAUUAUCAUAGCCGGUGGCAGUAUGACAGACGGAGGCGUCUUCCAUGUCUCUGCCCGAGGUUCUCCACAGCGCACACAGAGCAUCGAGAACAUUGCUCCUCUGAGAGACAUGAUUGUGGCCUCAUCCCCGCUUGGUAGGCCUACGGGGCUCGAAACGCAUGAGGUGUCCAAUCGAUUGUACACUUGCAGCAGCAGAGACGACGGGCGCGGUGAGCUGUCGGAAAUUCGAUACGGCUUGGAAGCUCAGAUUGGGUGGACUAUGGACUAUCCGGACGCCGCAUUCAUCGAUCAGAUCUGGUCACUGGAAAUCCCCGACAGGAAAGAGCUUCUGCUACUCGCAUCACAUACCACGCAUACGACCAUGGUCUCGUUUGAGCUUGAAACGCAGGACAUUUCUUUCACAGACGCCGAGACACAUCCCGGCUUUGAUUUCGACAGACCCACGCUCGCCGCGGCUGUCAUCAAGAACCGGACGAUUGUUCAAGUUACGACUGGUGGCAUCAACGUUAUCCCCACAGGCACCACCUCGACUGCGCCUAGACCUAGGCACGUAAAGGCCGACUUGCGGGUGGCUGCAUUCUUUGAAAAUGAAGCCACCGUCGCCAUUGCAGGCAAGAGCCUGUCAGGCUUUGAAAUUGGACUGUCGUCUAUUGUGACCUCAAAUGAUGGGAGCGUACGCUUGACUGCUGCACCUAGCACAGCCUUGGCCGAAACACCUACUAGCAUAUGUUGCUUUACCGUCAAGGAAACCCGGCUUGUCCUGGUGGGGACGGCUACUGCCAGGUUCCAUCUGUAUACCGUUUGGCCCGACCGAACCUUGAAGCUUGUAUUCCAGAGACAGGUCAAAGACAUUGAAGGCAAGCUGGAGAACUCAGCAGUCACUUCGCUCGUUGCACUCUGCUCGGGUGAGCGCGCCGGGGCACUCCUUCUCUGCGGAUUACGCCACGGGAUCUUACUUUGCUUGGAGCUGUCCCUGGAAAACUCCCGGUCGACCGGCCAUGACAGCGUCCUCGCAAGCAUAUCUGGCGCUGACUAUGUCGAAGGCAUCAGAUGUGAUGACUUCUACCUUCUUGGAUCAACUCCCGUCCACGUCUUUGAGGAGAAGGUGACUUCCAGCCAUGUGGGAACUUCGUCCGCCUUGGUGCUGUGUCAAGGGGAUAUGCGUCGUGUGACACUUCAUCCAAAUUCUGCCGUGAUGGACUACACGGUCUCUGGUCUUUGGGUCACCGACCGGACUGAUCCCUCCGCUGAACCCGUGGUAAACGCUUUCCAUCGUGUUCCGAAGCUCGCGACCACUGUUGCAGAUCCAGGUGGCUUGCUUGUUUGUGCCACCCAUGAUGUACUCUUGUUCUGCUCGCUGGUCACGCAAGAACAAGGAAUCAUCAGAAAGAUCCCCAUUGAAGGCGACCCGCGACACAUGCAGUUCUCACCCUACCUAAACAAAUUCGUGGUGGCUUUCGAGAGAGUGUAUCAUCUGCACAGCGAGGGUUCUUCUGAUCCGAAACGCCGUGGUGGAGUCCUGACAGGAUCCAUCUUGCCUCAAAAGGUGCAGCAGGUUGGCAUCCAACUGAUUGACCCUGUCUGGAAGGAUGUCAAGACCGGCAGGACCUCGAUCAUCGUUGCGGAGGACACGAGUGAGAGGGUCAACGCCAUGAUCAAUUGGGCGCCAACAGACGGUACGAAUCAUUACGAAUGGAUUGUCUUGGCCCUCGAACAUAGGAUUCCAGGACUUCCACAGCGGAGCGGUCGGGUCACUUGUCUCAAUGCCAAAAGUCUCAGCAAAGGCUCCUACGAGAACAUCCAGAAGUUAGCAUUCCGCAGUCCAGACAAACCCGUCACCGCCAUCUGCGCCUACAAGAUGUCCUCAUUGUUGAUUGCUGCUGGGAGGGAGAUUCACAUCCAAAAUCUGGAUUUCGCCACGCGAAAAUGGAAGACGCUGUCAAAGCACGCCUUGCCGUCCCCGGCCAAAGCCAUUUCAUGUCAAGGGUCGAUCAUCUUUGUUGCCACGUCUCAACAUUCGCUGUUCGUCCUUGUGGAACAGGAUGGCAAGUUGACCCAACAUCGAGCAGACACUGAAGCUCGGUGUUCGGUGGACGUGGCCGCCUUUGGUGGCGACUCUGCGGUAUUCUCAACCUGGAACGACAGUGGGACCGACCUGGUUGCAUUUGGCGGCUUCGACAAGUCGUACAAGGAUCCCUUCCCGCUCUUCCACGCCGACUUACCGCUCAUGGUCAACCGCAUUCGUUUGGACCCACAAGCAAGUUUGCCGACCUCUGGACGCUGUCGCUUCUACGGCAGCGCGAGUGACGGCACCCUUUUCCACUUCACUUUGCUCAGCGGCCGCGAAUGGAAGCUGCUACAUUUCCUUGAACAAAUGAGCUACAUGGAGCGCAAGACUGUCAAGCCAGUGCCCAUCAAAAAGCGGGACGCGAACAAUGAGGAGAUUAUCAUCAAUCCUGCCCCUACCAAGCUGAAGGACAUGCACGUCCGGGGUGAUCGGCUGAUGAUGAUGAUCGAGCCAGGUCCCUACCAUCUGCAGAACAUGUUGAAAGAACCCGGACAGCGGGAGAAGUUCGGUUCUCUGGUGAAUGAAGUGCUAGGAGAGGAAGAACAUCCGAUCGAGGCCACCACUGUUUGGUUGAGGAGAUUGCUGAGAUAUCCUCAAAGAUCUUAA